AUGACCAUACCGGGACACGACAUGAGCAUACCGGGAUACGAAAUGACCAUACCGGGAUACGACAUGACCAUACCGAGAUACGACAUGACCAAACCGGGAUACGACAUGACCAUACCGGGAUACGACAUGACCAUACCGGGAUACGACAUGACCAUACCGGGAUACGACAUGACCAUACCGGGAUACGACAUGACCAUUACGGGAUACGACAUGACCAUAUCGGGAUACAACAUGACCAUUACGGGAUACGACAUGACCAUACCGGGAUACGACAUACCCAUACCGAGAUACGACAUGACCAUACCGGGAUACGACAUGACCAUUACAGGAUACGACAUGACCAUACCGGGAAACGACAUACCCAUACCGGGAUACGACAUGACCAUACCGGGAUACGACAUGACCAUACCGGGAUACGACAUGACCAUUACGGGAUACGACAUGACCAUACCGGGAUAUGACAUGACCCUACCGGGAUACGACAUGACCAUACCGGGAUACGACAUGACCAUACCGGGAUACGACAUGACCAUACCGGGACACGACAUAGCCAUACCGGGAUACGACAUGACCAUAACGAGGUACGACAUGACCAUACCGGGAUACGACAUGACCAUAAUGAGGUACGACAUGACCAUACCGGGACACGACAUGACCAUACCGGGAUACGACAUGACCAUACCGGGACACGACAUGGCCAUACCGGGAUAUGACAUGACCAUACCGGGAUACGACAUGUCCAUACCGGGAUACGACAUGACCAUACCGGGAUACGACAUGACCAUACCGGGACACGACAUGACCAUACAGGGGCACGACAUGACUAUACCGGGAUACGACAUUACCAUACCGGGAUACGACAUGACCAUUACGGGAUACGACAUGACCAUACCGGGAUAUGACAUGACCAUACCGGGAUACGACAUGACCAUACCGGGAUACGAUAUGACCAUACCGGGAUACGACAUGACCAUACCGGGAUACGACAUGACCAUACCGGGAUACGGCAUGACCAUACCGAGAUACGACAUGACCAUACCGGGAUACGACAUGACCAUGACCAUACCGGGAUACGACAUGACCAUACCGGGAUACGAUAUGACCAUACCGGGAUACGACAUGACCAUACUGGGAUACGGCAUGACCAUACCGAGAUACGAUAUGACCAUACCGGGAUACGACAUGACCAUUACGGGAUACGACAUGACCAUACCGGGAUAUGACAUGACCAUACCGGGAUACGACAUGACCAUACCGGGAUACGAUAUGACCAUACCGGGAUACGACAUGACCAUACCGGGAUACGACAUGACCAUACCGGGAUACGGCAUGACCAUACCGAGAUACGACAUGACCAUACCGGGAUACGACAUGACCAUGACCAUACCGGGAUACGACAUGACCAUACCGGGAUACGAUAUGACCAUACCGGGAUACGACAUGACCAUACUGGGAUACGGCAUGACCAUACCGAGAUACGAUAUGACCAUACCGGGAUACGACAUGACCAUGACCAUACCGGGAUAUGACAUGACCAUAUCGGGAUACGAUAUGACCAUACCGGGAUACGACAUGACCAUACCGGGAAACAACAUUGCCAUACUAUACUAG